AAAUCCCCCCAAUCUCUAUUUCCUCUUGACCUCUCGGGCCAUCCAUGGCGUCCUCAAAUUAGGGUUUCUCUCAGCACAGUUGAUCCACCGAACAUGGCUUCCCUCUUGCUCUCCGACGCUACUUCUUUCUCCACUCCCUUAUUUCCUGGAAAACCUUUCUUCUGUGGAAAUGCGAAGAACCGGAAAAUGUGUGGCGUUACUUUUAGAAGCCUUAAAUGUGCUCUGGAUACGCCGUAUGGAGGUAAUGUCCAAAAAUUUCCUCGAUUAAGAGUGUGGGAUCCUUAUAAACGCCUUGGUGUUAGCCACGAUGCCUCUGAGGAAGAAAUUUGGGGAUCACGCAAUUUUCUAUUGCAACAAUAUACUGGCCAUGAGAAAAGUGAGGAAUCAAUAGAAGCUGCAUUUGAGAAAAUACUGAUGGCUAGCUUCCAACAUAGGAAGAAAACAAAAAUUAAUUUGAAAAGCAAGUUGAAGAAGAAAGUGGAAGAAUCUCCACCUUGGGUUAAGAACUUGCUCGAUUUUGUGGAACUUCCCCCAACUGAUGUUAUUUUUAGAAGAUUGUUCCUCUUUGCGUUUAUGGGUGGCUGGAGUAUCAUGAAUUCUGCUGAAGGUGGACCUGCUUUUCAGGUUGCAGUUUCUAUGGCAGCUUGCAUAUAUUUCCUCAAUGAGAAAACAAAGAGCUUGGCCAGGGCCUCCAUUAUCGGACUUGGUGCUCUUGUGAGUGGCUGGAUAUGUGGUUCUCUCCUGGUCCCCAAUAUUCCAGCAAUGCUAUUACAACCAACUUGGACGCUAGAACUCCUAACAUCACUAGUUGUAUAUUUCUUCUUCUUUCUUGCUUGUACUUUUCUCAAGUAAAAUUCCAUCUACGCUAUCAUCACCAUUCACUAUUAUAUGUUUUCUGAAAGUUUAGGGCAACAACAUUGCAACAUUUUUAUAUUGAUUGAAUCAUGAGUAAUCUACUUUUUUUCCAGCCUCUAA